GGAGGAGGGGAAGGGGGGGAGCCAGCGAGGAGCCUCGCACAGGCUCUUCCCCAGUCCCUUUCCAUUAGUCCGCUGGAGGACCCACUCUCCUCCAAAAGCUGGGAGAAGGAAGACCAGAGCGGGACGCUUGCGGCUGGCGGCAGCGACAGCCUGGCUGACGAAACCCAGAAGGGUGACUGCAGAGCGUCCCCGGGCCGCGCUGAGGGACAGAAGUCCCCACUGCCACCAUUGCCUGCCCACAUCUCGCCAGCUCGGAUGCGGGCACCCAUCCACCAGCCGCUUCCCCUCGAUGCGAAACCUUCCGGGAGUGAGCUAUGAUCGCUGCUGGGCAGCCUCCUUGCACCCUGACCUUCCCCUGCCACCGGAGCAGCCCAACAUCUGGUGGGGAUUAAUGUUGAUUUCUCUGUCCGGACGCCGUGUGGGACCCCCGAUGCUACCUCCCAGGAGCGGGACGUGGGCGGUGGUCUGAGAAGAGCCAGUUUUUGUCGCCCCGCACCAGGCCGGGGGGUGGGGGGGAAGGCAGGAGGGGGGCGAACCUCUUUUGGGACUAACCUCAUGAAGAACAAGGGAGCCAAGCAGAAACUCAAGAGGAAGGGAGCCACGAGCGCAUUCGGCUGUGACCUGACGGAGCAUCUGGAGAGCUCUGGGCAGGAUGUUCCCUAUGUGCUGAAGAGCUGUGCGGAGUUCAUUGAGACUCAUGGCAUCGUGGAUGGGAUCUACCGCCUCUCAGGAGUGACAUCCAACAUUCAAAAGCUGAGACAAGAGUUUGUUUCUGACCAAUGCCCGGACCUGACACGGGAAGUUUACCUCCAGGACAUCCACUGUGUGGGGUCACUCUGCAAGCUGUAUUUCAGGGAGCUGCCCAACCCUCUGCUCACUUAUGAGCUCUACAAGAAAUUCACGGAAGCAGUAUCACGCUUCCCCGAGGAUGAGCAGUUGGCACGGAUACAAAAUGUCAUCCAGGAGCUACCACCAUCACAUUACAGAACACUGGAAUACCUGAUCAAGCACCUGACUCACCUGGCCUCCUUCAGCAGCAUGACCAACAUGCACACUAGAAACCUGGCCCUGGUGUGGGCUCCCAAUCUCCUCAGGUCAAAGGAGAUAGAGGCUGUUGGCUGCAAUGGGGAUGCAGCUUUCCUGGAAGUGCGAGUCCAGCAGUUGGUGAUUGAGUUCAUUCUGAACCACGUGGAUCAGAUCUUCAGCAACAAUAGGAAAGCCAGCUCUGCUGAGAGCAUUGAGAACGCACCAGUUGUGAAAAAUCUGACUCACCCCUCCACCUCCCUGCCGAUGAAGCUGGUGAGCCUGGAAGAAGCACAGGCUCGGAGUCUGUCAGCCUCCCAUCCUGCCCGGAAGGAGAGGAGAGAGAACAGCUUGCCUGAGAUUGUCCCUGUGACAGGGUCCUUCUUCCACACAGUUGUUGACCUCCCCGACAGCAAGAGAAAAUUAUCUACCAAGUCCAAGAAAUGGAAGUCGAUAUUUAACUUGGGCCGUUCUGGCUCAGAAUCAAAGUCUAAACUGAGUCGAAAUGGGAGUGUCUUUGUAAGGGCACAGAAGUUAUCUGAAAAAGCAACUAUUCGUCCCGCGAAGAGCAUGGACUCACUUUGUUCCCUGCCUGUGGAAGGGGAGGAUGACAAGAGCCGAUUCAAACGGACAGUGACUACUGGAGGGUUUUUUGUCCCAGUGAUGAAAAUUCGGACAGGAGGCACAGGCAGCUCAUAUGACCUCAGCAAGGAGAACGAGUGGGAGCGGGAAGGAUCUGCCAUGGCAGCCAAAGGAAACUCAGAGCUGAGUGGGGUAAAAGCUCCCUGCCGGACAUCGCAGGCGAAGUGCCCCCCUGAGCAGCUGAAAGUCUUCCGGGCAGCAGAAGAUGCUGAAAACGAGCAGACGUCCCCCAAAGGUGGCCUCAUGUUCUACACCUCCGAAACAGCCGCCAAAUCAGGCUUUCCCAGCAGUCUCUUUCCCUUGGAGGCCUCCCCUCGGCACCAGAGGAAAGCGCUGAACAUCUCAGAGCCCUUUGCCGUCUCUGUCCCCCUCCGGGUGUCUGCAGUUAUCAGCACCAACAGCACCCCAUGCCGCAUACCCACCCGGGACAAGCCUUCCCUCUCCAGCCUUGAGGAGCUGUCUUCCCUGGUGCCAGAGAGCCCCAGCCCCUCUACACCGGAAGGUGGAGGCCACAUGAAGAUGGAGCAGACCCCAGAGAAGGAGAAGCCAUCUGGGCCUCCCCCGCCAACGGCAGCAUCCAGAGGUUCUCUCCCUGAGGAACUGGUAGUCACCAGAAAAUCUGAGGCUUUAGAAACUGCACAGCCAGCAGCAGAGAAUCAGGAGACGUUACAUGGGCAGAGCAGCAGCACAAGCAGCCUCCGGCAAUCCUCAGAGCACAGUCUUACUGUGGAACAAGCACCAGCCUCAGAGGUUCAUAUGGGGCCAGCCCCUGCAGUUAAGACAGAGCAAGAGAGGCUCGAGAUGAAGACCAUCUCCCCAGAAGGCAGUUGCAGCCAGCAGGAGAUCCAGAAGGCUAAGCCAGAGGAAGGGUCAUGCGUAAAGGAUGCGACUGAGGAGGAUCCUGCAAAUGCCCUUCUAGACCCACUGUGGCCCGAGAUACAGCAUGAAUUGAAAAUAAUCGAACCUGAAGAAGAACUCCUGCUCUUUCCAGCAGCUGUCCCCAAGACAGCUCCAGCUUCUGAAUCCUCUUCUUCAGUACAAACAAACAAUUUUUCCUCUGGUCCAGAGCAAUGUACAACCCUGUCUGAGCAGAAAUCUGCAGGCAGAACCCCACAGACCACAACUCAGGUGCCUUUAUUUGAUGGCACCAGCACAGAACGACCAGACAGCCACCAAAACUGCCAGUCUGAUGUGGCUGCACAGCAGAGCUGUGCUUCAGCCCUACCCAAACUGGGAACUCCCCUGACUAGCAUAGCUGCUCCAAAGAACCACCACCCAGUGGUAGAAAACAGUAUGAGUGAAUGUGUCACUCCUCCCCUGGAAUGGAAUUUUCGUAGUCAACCAGAAGUUAAUGAGCUUCCUCCAGGAGAUGAAUUUUCUCUUUCCAAAGGAGCACAUUCAGAAUUGGAGAAAGGAAAGGAUAGCACUUGCCAGAUGCAGAAGGAAAGUGAUGAUCAUACCAGAGUCCAGACUCAGAGUGGCAUGCCUGAGAUAGUGGCUGCUGAUAGAAGGGACACAUUCUCCUCCAAGGCACUGAAUGGAGCUGGAAUCCAGGAGCUGAAGGAGGGCAAUGCUGUCAGCAGAACUCAUGAUGCUGGUGACCAGGAUGAUGAGGAUAACUGGGCGGAUAAUGUGCAGAGCUUAGAGCUUGUGGAGCCGUGGGAGGAUCACCAAUGGGUCACAAGCCCACUCCAUUCCCCAACCUUUAAGGACAUUCAGGAGAAGACAAUACCGGAGUUUCAGCCACAAGAUCAGAGAUCAGAGGCAGGCCUUUCCAUUAGACCACGAUUCAGUCGCAGCCUCUCUCUGGAUAGUAAAGAUACAGUGAUGAGUUUGUGGACUAUCCCAUUCUCUUUCAUAGAUGCCCCUGAACAGCAGCAACCUUGCAGUGACAUUUUGCCACUGGCUCACGAACCACCCAAAAAGUCCAUCUCUCCAACUAGUCUGGGCAAAGCUAAGCAAGAUGAGAAUAGUACGUGUCUUCCAGAAGAACCUCUGAAAACUGAUGAGCUGAGGUAUCCCAUCGGCAAGGAGGAAACACCAGCUAAGCAAGAAGAACCCUCCAGAAUCCCUCUUCCAGGGCCAGAGGGAAAAAAAGUGGAUGUAAGCAAAGAAAACACUUGGAGGUCGAAGCUUGAGCCGUCUUUACCAUACCAAAAUGCCCCAGACAGUUCUUUACAGGCAAAGACCACAAAGGAGGAGUCAUCCAGGUCUCGGGACAUUGCCCUGGCAGAAGACACUGUUACCAAAGUGUGCUCUGCCACUGAGUCACUUCAGAGUAAUAAAGAUGAAGAAACACCUCGUAAAGUGAAAACUAGGCCGUCAUCCCUCAACUUGGAUUCACUUCUUCCAGCUUCAGAUUUCUUAACAUUUGAGAGCUUGGCCAUGCCUUCUGCUACUGGGAACUUCCUGUAUGGGCAGAAGGAAGUGAAAAGUAGUGAUUCAGUCCCAUCUCUGUCAACUACCUGCCCUGCUGGGGGUAAAGGUGUUUCCUGGCGCUCUCCUUUCAGUGCCCAUGUAGAUCUAGAUUUAGAUUAUCUGGCAGUGGCUCACGCCACCACUGGCCGUCGUAACUCUGCCCCUGUCAGUGUGUCAGCAGUCAGAACCUCCUUCAUGAUUAAGAUGUGCCAGGCGAGAGCUGUGCCUGUGAUACCACCCAAGAUUCAGUAUACCCAGAUACCCCAGCCCCUGCAGGCUCAAAAUUCCGCUCCACAAGUGGAGAAGAAAGAAGCAGAAGCCAAGCAGGCUGGCAGGCAGACUCAACGAGUGGCGUGGGGCCACCUGGAGCCCCCCAAGAGCCCAUUGACAGAGAAGAAAACCAAAGCGGAGAAAGAAAACAGUGACCCAGCUCAAAAGGACUCAACGUGCCCCUGGCACAGCAGCCUUGGCUCUCCACUGGAGUCAUCUCAGUCCAGCCAUAACCCUAGCCUGGAUGCCCCUGUUCUGCGCCGAAAGCGUACUUCCGAGGGGGAGACAGGUGGAGAUAACCCCCAGUCUUCAAAGAUGGAGAGGCCAUCAGGGUUCUCCAAACCUUCCUAUAGAUCUAGGCCUGGGAGGCCCCAGAGUCUGAUUCUCUUCAGUCCCCCUUUCCCCAUUAUGGACCACCCCUCCUCUUCAGCAGACUCCAGGGUGUUGUUAUCACCCAUAAGAAGCCCUACUCAGACCUCCUCUUCAAGUCCCAUUUGUGGUGAUCUGUCUGAAACUUCGCGGACAACACCUGAGGGAGUGAUGCUGCGGAACAAAAUGACCAUCCCCAAGAAUGGCCAGAGACUGGAAACUUCUACCAGCUGUUUUUACCAGCCACAGAGGCGCUCUGUGAUUCUGGAUGGACGAAGUGGGCGGCAGAUUGAAUAGUAACUGCUUCUCUUGCUCCUUUUCCAUGGUGGAUGGGAUGGGAGUGUCUACACCAAGACCAACUGUUUCCAUUUUGCUGUUGUUAUUACUACGUUGUGCAAGAAGAACCCGAUCUUUACCAUUUCCUGCAAAGUAUCUUGCUAUGGAGGGUCAGUCUUUUUGUCUUGCUUUUCCUUCCCUUUCUUAUUCCUUUCUAGUCCCUCACCGUCUGCUUUUUUUUUUGUAAGCAAUUCCCAAGGAAUAUUCUUGUUGUCUAACAAGCUCUGUGGAAGCCUUAUCCUUUCUACAGAAUACAAAGGAAAAAUAAAUAUUGAAAUUACUACA